UUCCGGCCAUUUCCCUUCCAGGUCGCUUUGGAAUGCCUACAACGUCAAUGGCACUUGUAUAGUUUGUGCCAACAAAAGUUUGCGAUGUCUGAGUUGCUCCGAAUUUGACAGACAAAUUUACUAGAGGAGCCCUCGACCUUUUUUUUCCUUUUUUCAUCAUUUUUUGGGAGUCCCUUGGUAUUGUAUAAAGGAGGCAAGCAAUGUUCUCUAUUUGGGGAGAAUUUCGGCGCAGCCUUUACUUUUUCCUUGUUUUGUUCUUUUCACGGAAGGUAUACGACUUUUCUCUUUCCAUGUUUUUAUGUAUGUCAUUUUCAUUUUUCUUUUCCCUCGAACAUUGGCGUUUUGCAGAGGUCGGAUCACGGAAAUUGGCAGUCAAGGGGUCCGGCUGGUUGGCAAACGGUCUGCGGGUUACUUGCAUGAAAAAUCUGUGCCCUCGUCUUCUAGCGCUGCGAUAUCUGUUGUUUUUUGUUUUGUCCUUAUAUGGAUUCUUUGGAGAUUUCUGACAUCCCCCUGGAUUUGCUGUUGCAUCUCAAACUCGUUUGCCAUGUUGUUGUGUCGGUUCGGUCCAUAU